AAAAAGUUCUUUGCAGAAGAACGCUUGACCAGAACAAGAGGAUCAUGAUGACAAGAUUCAUCUGUUUAGUGCUGCUAGCUGUUGGGGGAGCGACUGCAAGCAAAAUGCAGGAACUCGAAGGCAAUGACGAGGAAACGGAACAGGAAUUCAUUUAUAUGAACAGAUACAAGCGUUCCAGUGACACACAGGACAAAUGCACUUACACCUUCAUUGUACCUCAGCAGAGAGUGACGGGUGCCAUCUGUGUUAAUUCUAAGGAGCCUGAAGUUCUACUUGAAAACAGGGUAAAUAAGCAAGAAUUACAGUUACUUAACAAUGAACUUCUUAAACAAAAGAGACAAAUAGAAACUCUCCAGCAGCUGGUAGAAGUUGAUGGUGGGAUUGUUAAUGAGGUCAAGCUCUUAAGAAAAGAGAGCAGAAAUAUGAAUUCUCGUGUCACACAACUCUACAUGCAGUUACUACAUGAAAUUAUCCGAAAACGUGACAACGCCUUAGAACUUUCUCAACUCGAGAAUAAGAUUUUGAACCAAACUGCAGAUAUGCUGCAGCUUGCAAACAAAUACAAGGACUUAGAGCACAAGUACCAACAUUUGAUGUCAAUUGCCAAUAAUCAGUCAGUAAUAAUUGCCCAACUGGAAGAACACUGUCAAAGAAUGCCAUCCAUAAAGCCACUGCCACAAACUCCACAGCCACCAAAUAAAGUGUACCAGCCUCCUACUUACAAUCGCAUUAUUAACCAGAUAGCUACCAAUGAGAUCCAGAGCGAUCAGAACUUAAAGGUUCUGCCACCUACGUUACCAACUAUGCCUGCAGUUACUAGUAUUCCAACUUCAACUGAUAAACCAUCUGGGCCCUGGAGAGACUGCCUACAAGCACUAGAAGAUGGCCACGACACAAGCUCCAUCUAUCUCGUAAAACCAGAAAACACAAACCGGCUCAUGCAGGUCUGGUGCGACCAACGGCAUGACCCUGGGGGCUGGACAGUCAUUCAGAGACGGCUGGACGGCUCUGUCAACUUCUUCAGGAACUGGGAGACCUACAAGCAAGGAUUUGGUAAUAUAGAUGGAGAAUAUUGGCUCGGAUUGGAAAAUAUUUAUUGGUUAACAAAUCAAGGCAACUACAAACUGCUCAUAACAAUGGAAGACUGGUCAGGUCGAAAAGUAUUUGCCGAGUAUGCGAGCUUCAGACUGGAGCCAGAAAGCGAGUAUUACAAGUUGAGACUGGGGCGCUACAACGGCAACGCGGGAGAUUCUUUCACUUGGCACAAUGGUAAACAGUUCACCACGCUGGACCGGGACCACGAUGUAUACACAGGUAACUGUGCUCAUUACCAGAAGGGAGGAUGGUGGUACAAUGCAUGUGCUCAUUCAAAUCUCAAUGGAGUCUGGUACCGUGGAGGACACUACCGCAGUCGGUAUCAGGAUGGUGUUUACUGGGCUGAAUUCCGGGGGGGAUCGUAUUCACUAAAAAAAGUUGUUAUGAUGAUAAGACCUAACCCCAACACAUUCCACUGAAAUAAUUCUUCUCUUGGUUUGCUUUCUUGUUCUAAAAAUCAUGUAAAGUUAUGAUGUUAUUAUCUGGAAUUAUCUUUGCAGAAAUGAGGAAUGUAAUAUAUUGUACAUUUACUGCUAAGAUGUGAGGGCUUGUAUAUUGUAUUUUCAAGAAUCAUUCCAGGAAAAAAAAGCUGAAGAAAGCAAGGAACUGAAAUGGCAUAACAUUCGGAACACCUCUUAGUACUAGAAGUAGUUAUUUUAAGCCUUUUAGAACUGGCAGUUCAGAUGGACUGUAGAUUAACUUUCUAGUUUUUAUUCCCUGUAAAUUAAGUUUGGAUGGUAAAAAUACUGCCAUAACAUUUAAAUAUUUUUGUAUGUUAUAUUAUAAAUAUUCUCAAAUACAGGAAAUAUUACAAACUGUACAGCAAGAGUUUUAUUAUUAUUAUGAGCAAUAAUGUGACACAGGAAAUCAUAUCCUUUGAACUGUGUAGCUGGUAUAUAUGUACAUUAGUGUGACUAUUCUAAUUUAAUCUUUGUUAGCUGCCAUGAAUAAAGUUAAUACUA